UCUCAGUGGACGAAUCCUUUUCCCAUCAUACACGGCAAAGCGGGAAGACAAAUGACCUCGACAAGGCCACGCGAAGGGAGGGGCAUCAGACACGCUGCAGGAGGAGAACACGAUCGUCUCAAGAGAGCUGUGCUCCAGCCUGUGCAGUGCUGGGAUAAAAAGUGGACCGAGUCCAAGAACGGAAAGCAGCUUCAAGUGUUCAAAUGGGUCAAGUCCGAUCGACAGGUUGAUUUCGAUGAUGAGGAUGAUGACGAAGAGACUGAGCAGGCCCCAGUGCCCCGACAAGUUGAAGAGGAAGUGGGCACUCCAGCACCCCCAUUACCAACACUCCAGGAUGCUGAAGAUACAACAGCUUUGACUCCCGUGCAGACGGGAGAGGAGGACGAAGAAGAUGACGCCGAUGAAUUGUCCAAGAAUAGGGUACACCCACUAUCACAAUCUUACCCCGAGUCUGACAAAAGACCCAAUGCAUCCUCUCAUUCGGGGGCCGCAGCACAAUUAUCAAAAAGAGACGACAGACAAGCACCUCAGGAAGAUCGCGACGGCGACGAUGAUGAAGAUGAUACAGAUUCGAGUCGACCUCUCGUUUUCACACCAUCGCUGGAGACUCCGAUCGAGACGCAGGCCAAUACACCGCAAGAUUUUGAAAGCAUGUCACCAGCCCCGGUCGAUGUUGACGAAUUGAAGGAAGCGCAGGUGGAAAUGGUUGUCAAGGGACUGGACGAGGGUCAGGCCGAAAUGGAGGAAGAGAUGGAGGAGGUUGUCGUAAAGGAAAAGGAGCACUCCCAUCCUAUUGUCGAGAACACUGGCGAUACGCAAGUUAUGGACAUGGAGCACAAAAAGUCCUCAGUAGAAGCUGUCAGUGCAGUAGACUCAUCUGUAGCGGCACCAACCGAUACCAAGCCCGGAGACGACAAUAGCAUGGACGUGGAUGUUCCUCAUCAUCCCUCAGCAUAGACUGUCACACUGCACAAAAAAGUGAUUACUGGUCACUGCAUUGAUAACGAAUGAAAGCGACAAUAAAACCGAAAGAAGAGA